UUUGGACACUAAAGUUUAAAGAGGCUAGUCCUGGCACGGACACAGCAGUCCGGCUACACACACGCGGUGCUCAGUGCGUAUUUAAAGCCUGCACCGGGGUCAUGCUGCCCCGGUUCACUCGUGCCACCUCUAGAGCAAGACAACGGGCAUCAAGCACCGUCACACCAACCAAUUCCAGCAACAACAGCGCUCGAUUACUUCGGUCUGAGGGAGCUAUGGCAGAGACAGACGAGGAUGGAGUUGCACCCCCCGGGUUCAAAAGUCUACUCCAAAUGGACCCCUACCUAACGCCCUACGAGAGGGACUUCAAGCGCAGGUAUGAGCUGUUCCAGAAGCAUCUGCAGCUCUUGGAGGAGGCAGAGGGUGGCUUUGACCAGUUCACCCGCAGCUACCAGAACUUCGGUGUGCAGCGUCUGCCCGACAACAGCCUGUGGUUCAGGGAGUGGGCCCCUGCUGCAGAGGCCCUCUUUCUCACUGGAGACUUCAAUUCCUGGGACAAAUUCUCUCACCCUUACGAGAAGAAAGAAUUUGGCAAAUGGGAACUGACUAUUCCUUCUCUGAACGACAACUCUCCUGCGGUGGCUCACAACUCCAAACUCAAGGUGGUCGUUCACACCAAAGAUGGAGAGCGCCUCUACCGGAUCUCGCCCUGGGCCAAGUACGUCACCCGGGACGACAAGGCUGUCAUCUAUGACUGGGUGCACUGGGACCCGCCUAACCCUUAUAAACAAAUCCACCCGCGGCCCAAGAAACCCAGCAGCCUGCGCAUCUACGAAGCACACGUGGGCAUUGCUUCACCCGAGGGAAAGAUUGCCUCAUAUUCCAACUUCACAACCAAUGUGCUGCCCCGCAUAAAGGAGCUAGGUUAUAACUGCAUUCAGCUGAUGGCCAUUAUGGAGCAUGCCUACUAUGCCAGCUUUGGGUAUCAGAUCACCAGUUUCUUUGCAGCAUCCAGCCGGUACGGGACCCCUGAGGAGCUGAAGGAGCUGAUUGACGUGGCUCACUCUCUGGGUAUCAUGGUGCUGCUGGACGUGGUGCAUAGCCACGCCUCCAAGAACACAGAGGAUGGACUCAACCACUUCGACGGCUCAGAAUCCUGCUUCUUCCACUCUCCACCCCGAGGAGAGCACAGCCUGUGGGACAGCCGCCUCUUCAACUACUCCAGUUGGGAGGUGCAGCGUUUUCUCCUGUCAAACCUGCGCUGGUGGAUGGAGGAGUACUGCUUUGACGGCUUCAGGUUUGAUGGAGUCACCUCGAUGCUGUACCAUCAUCACGGGAUUGGCUCAGGCUUCUCUGGAGACUACAGCGAGUACUUUGGCCUACAGGUGGAUGAAGACUCUUUGGUUUACCUAAUGCUGGCUAACCACAUCGUGCACAACCUUUAUCCACACUGCAUCACUGUGGCAGAGGACGUGUCGGGGAUGCCUGCAUUGUGUCGUGGAGUGGAGGAGGGGGGGCUGGGCUUUGAUUACCGCCUGGCUAUGGCAAUCCCCGACAAGUGGAUCCAGAUCCUGAAGGAGGUGAAGGAUGAAGAUUGGGACAUCGGGAAUAUCGUUUUCACGCUGACCAACAGGAGACACGGAGAGAAGUGCAUAGCCUAUGCAGAGAGCCAUGACCAGGCACUGGUCGGGGACAAGACCUUGGCCUUCUGGCUGAUGGACAAAGAGAUGUACACCAGCAUGAGCUCCCUCAUCCCCAUGAACUCUAUCAUCGACCGGGGCAUCCAGCUGCACAAGAUGAUCCGCCUGCUGACGCAUGGUCUAGGAGGGGAGGGCUACCUCAACUUCAUCGGGAAUGAGUUUGGUCAUCCGGAGUGGCUGGACUUCCCCCGAGAAGGCAACAAUGAGAGCUACCACUACGCUCGCAGACAGUUUAACCUGGUAGACACUGAUCACCUGCGUUACAGCCAGCUCUACCACUUCGACCGCGACAUGAACUGGACGGAGGAGAAGUACGGCUGGCUUGCUGCCUCUCAGGCUUUUGUCAGCGCCAAGCAUGAGGAGGACAAGGUCAUUGUGUUUGACAGGGCCCAAGUGGUGUUCGUCUUCAACUUCCACCCGAGCAAGAGCUUCCAGGACUACAGAGUGGCUGUGGAGGUUCCAGGGAAAUACAAAAUCAAGCUGGAUUCUGAUAUGGAGAUAUACGGAGGGCACGGGAGACUGGACCACAACACAGAGUUCUUCACCGCGCCGGAGCCUUUCAAUGGACGCAACCAUUCCAUGAAGGUAUACAUCCCCUGCAGAACUGCUAUCAUCCUGGCCAGCGACGAGGCCUGUCACUCUAAUUAAAGAAGGAGGGCCAUCUCCUUGGCGACCGGGAUGGAUCAAACUCUGUGUUAACAAUCACCUAAACCCAUGUUAACCAUGUACCAAUCACAUACUCAUCACCUCUACCAUCCACAGGGGGGCCCUACUGAGCAUUCAAAGUGUGUCCCUGUCCUGAGACAGUAUACUGAGUGUUUAUAGUGUAGUGCAUUUGGAAAGUGUGCGAAACUGCUUUACAUCUGAAAAUUCUCUGAAAAUAUGGGGCUAUCUAUAUUAGUUAAACGGACUUGAAUUCUUGACAUGAGACCUAGCCUACAUUAUUAUGGCAUUAGUUUAAUUAGUUUUAAGUUAGAGGAGCACUAUGUAAUAUACUGGUGUGGGAGUCUGUUAUCUGCUUGUUUCCAUGAAGAUAACAUAGUUUUGAUUAAUGUUCUUUAAUAUAGCAUGUUGUAUUUGUAUUACAGGUGGUUUAGUGCUCAAAAAUACCUUGAAAACAUGUGAGUAGGGGCCGCCUCUCCACUGAUCUGACCUGUGACUUUGCAUGUUGGCAUCAUAGAUGGCAUCUCUAUGGGACUGGCUAAAUUUAAUCCCCUUCUGUGAAACAUUCUAGGCAAAUCAACAUCUCUAUGGAUCAAGCCAAUGGCCAACCCUCUACUGGAAAAGUUGCAUAGCAUACAUUUAAUUUUGACUGGUUUUAGUGUGUCAUUCAUUUCAAGCUACAUUUUCUACCUGUGGAAAAUUUCAAAUGUAUGAAUCAUUAUCAACUUUGUAGUUAAUUAUAAUGUAACCAGGCAGAGAUAUCUUUAAAACAAGUAAAAUUGCAUCAAAGAUACUCAGUGUUACUGUGAAUUCAUAUUUUUCAUCUAAUGUAGAAUUUUUUUAUUUUAUUUUUCAAUUAAUUUACAAAAUCGGAAUAUUCUAGUUUGUACAUGUCAAAGAUAAUAAACAAAUGUGUUAUUCAGCUUCAUCGGUGAUAAGAAUCCAGCUGUAUUCUAUGACUGCUGUUUGCCUUAGCUGUGCUAGCAUAAACUAGUGUUAACAAUA